CUUGACGGAGCGGCAGUGUUGUUUACAUCGUCAAAGAAGCGAGUCCACGACGGCCGACAUGGGACCCAAAGAUGUGUGUUUUUUGGCACUGAUUUGCCUUCUGGGCAUCACUGACGCUCAAGACAAACCUACACCCCUUGUAAUAUGGCAUGGAAUGGGAGAUACAUGCUGCUUCUUCUUCAGCAUGGGUCACAUCAAGAAGUUAGUGGAGGAACGCAUUCCUGGAAUAUAUGUCCGCUCAUUGAUGAUUGGCGAAAACAUCAUUGAGGAUGAAGAGCAUGGCUAUUUUGGAAAUGUAAACAACCAGGUGGAUGAAGUCUGUCAGAAGAUAGCAGCCGACCCUGAGCUCCAGGGAGGAUACCAUGCCAUGGGCUUCUCGCAAGGAGGCCAGUUCCUGCGUGCAGUAGCAGAAAGGUGUCCAAAACCAGCCAUGAAGAAUUUUAUCAGUGUUGGUGGCCAACAACAGGGUGUAUUUGGCUUUCCUCACUGCCCUGAGUUGCCACAGCAGUCACGCUUCUGUGAAUAUGUCCGCAGAGUGCUUAACUAUGGAUCCUAUGUAUCUUGGAUCCAGAGCUCAUUGGUACAGGCACAGUAUUGGCAUGAUCCUCUUCAUGAAGAUGAAUACCGCAAUGCAUCCAUUUUCCUGGCAGACAUCAAUAAUGAGGAGGUCAUAAACGAGUCAUACCGUGAAAACCUCAAAAAGCUGGAGAACUUUGUCAUGGUCAAGUUUGAGGAAGAUUCCAUGGUUGUCCCUCCCGAGAGUGAGUGGUUUGGAUUUUACAGUCCAGGCCAGGAUUCCGAGGUCUUACCCUUGCAGCAGACGCAGCUCUACAUCGAGGACCGUCUGGGACUGAAGGAAAUGGACGAAGCAGGAAAGCUCCACUUCCUUAGCGUUGCAGCUGAUCAUCUCAAUUUUGAUGACCAGUGGUUCCUGGAAGAGAUUGUUGAUAAGUUUGUGGUUUAAGGUCAUCUUGACUUUUAGUGCCUUUAAUUGGAUAUUUCUAUAACAGAUAACAUUGAUUCCAUUGUCUUUAUUCAGCUGUUUUUAUAUAGAUCAUUGUGAUUGCAGGACAUUUCCUGUGAAUACUCUUAGUGUUUUAUUUUUUUAUGAUAUUUCCUCUAAAUUUUUUGCUAAUUGAAUUAAUUUAAUAUUUGUACUCACAUACCAAGUUUGUUGUAAUAUAUCAAUUUGGCUUUACAGUGUAUCAUUUUAUUGAUAUAAAGGUCCAUUUAUAUUA